AUGCAGCAGCACUCGUCUGAGGUGGCCCGUCUGUAUCAGACUGAGUUCAUCCGGAGCACGCGGGCAGUGGGCAUGCUGUGGGCCGUCAGCACGCUCUGCUUUGCCGUGAUCCAGGUGGUCAUUCUCAUCCAGCCGUCAUGGGUGGGCACACGAGAGCUGCACUACCGAGGAGGGGGUCUGGCUCCUCCGACCGGGGGCCUCUUUGAGGUCUGCAUGGAGACGGAUUGGCCUGUCCCAGAAUGCCGGGGGUCUCUUCACACCCUAACCCCACUCCCUGCCUUCCAGUCUCCCGCUGUGCGGGUCUGCAUGUCUCUCACCAUGGUGUGGGCCAGCGUGGGCUGUCUGUGUCUGUUCAGAUUCUGCAAUGCAGCAACCGUCUAUAAGAUCUGUGCUCGGCUGCAGCUCACAGCAGGCUUCUGUUUGGCGCUGGCGUGUGUGUUGUUCCCAGACUCCUGGGUGUGUGCUGAGAUGCGGGCGUUGUGUGGGGAGCGUGUGAGUAGUUUCUCCCCGGGGAACUGCUCUGUGCACUGGGCGUACAUACUGGCCAUGCUGGGGGUGCUGGACGCCGGCAUACUGGCCACUCUGGCUUUUGUUUUGGGGAAUCGCCAAGAUGCUCUGCUGCCAGAAGACACCAAGGAUGGUGAUGUGACUGGCUUGUUACUGACAGCAUAAAACAGGCCUGAGCUGUUCUCAGCAGUCAGAAACGGCUGGUGGCUGUUUCAUCACGUCGUUUGUGCACUUCUCUUUCGACAAAUAAUGAUGACAUAAAACGUGUGAAGAGAUGCUGAUCUCUUCCCCCUCAGCAUGAUGUCAUCAUCCUGUGAAUUCUGCUUACAUAACCUGUCUGCAUAGAAACAGUCACCUGGCAACAGUAUCCGAGUCCUUUCUCCCCUGGCGGAGGAACAUUACUCUGAUCUUGUAAUGGCGGCUCUAAAUAGAGAAGAGGAAAGGCCAUUUUCUUUAGUGCAUUUCCAAGUGGAGGUACAGUCGAGGUGUCUGUGACCUGCUGCGACGCACACACAGAUCACAUCAAUGUGCUUUUCAGUUAAAGGAUGUUUAGAGGAUUAACUGUGAUGUUUGAUUCCGUGUUCUGGAUGUUUUUGUGCAUGAAUUUUAGAUGAGGACUGGAGUGAAAUGUAGGUAGAUAUUCAGCAUUAUAAUACUGUUGUUUUCUUUGUCAGUAAAGUCUUAAACAUGUGGAUUUACUGAUUUGAUCAUCUUUAGGCUAAAUAAUUGUUCAUAUUUAUAGUUGGCAUGAAAUCAAAAUGUGCCUAUUUAUUUCCUUA